GGGCCCUGCGCCGGGGCGGCCCCCAGCGUGGCGCUUCAUGGAGCGGCCCGGGCCCGGCCGCCGGGGGCAGCGCGAUCCUGCGGGGCCCUGUGAGCUCCCAGUGCCGCGGCACCAUGUUGCUGGUUGAGAAGACUACAGACUCCCCGGCGGCAGAGUUCUCGCUGGUGGAGGACGUGGCCCUGCACUUCACCUGCUUGAUGGGCCGCCUGAACGAGCAGCGCCUCUUCCAGCCGGACCUGUGUGACGUGGACCUGGUGUUGGUGCCCCAGCACAGCGUGUUCCCCGCACACAAGGGUGUGCUGGCCGCCUACAGCCAGUUCUUCCAUUCGCUCUUCACACAGAACAAGCAGCUGCAGAGGGUCGAGCUGUCUCUGGAGGCGCUGGCGCCUGGUGGCCUGCAGCAGAUCCUAAACUUCAUCUACACAUCCAAGCUGCUGGUGAACGCGGCCAACGUGCAGGAGGUGCUCAGCGCGGCCUCGCUGCUACAGAUGGCCGACAUCGCAGCCUCCUGCCAGGAGCUGCUGGAUGCCCGGUCUCUGUCGCCCUCGAGCCCUGUGGCCCUGGCGCAGCCAGCUGCCAGCUGUGCCCCGGUGCCUCCACCACCCUACUACUGUGACAUCAAACAGGAGGCGGACGCCCCAGGCCUACCGAAGAUCUAUGCCCGAGAGGGCCCUGACCCCUACUCUGUGCGUGUGGAGGAUGGGGCGGGGACAGCUGGGGACGUCAGCUCUGCCACGCCUGGGCCGGCACAGCCGCUCUUUAAGGAGGAGAAGGAAGGAGCACCUGAGGAGGCUGAGGCCCCCAGUAGCCUGUGCAAGCUGGAAAGUAGAGAGGGGCUGGAGACAGAACUGGGUGCCUCCAGCACCUAUGGGCGCCAGGAGCAGUCACAGAUCAUUGUGGAGGUGAAUCUUAAUAACCAGACACUGCAUGUGUCCACUGGGCCUGAGGGCAAGCCAGGUGCCACUGUGGUACUAGGCCAGGGGGAUGGGAUGCAGGGACGACACUCGGAAGAGGAGGAGGAGGAGGAGGAAGGAGGAGGGAGUGGAGGGGAAGAGGAGGAGGAGGAAGAGGAGGAAGAAGAAGGAGGAGGCAGCCAUGGAGAGGAGGAGGAAGAUGAGGAGGAAGGGCCCAGCGAGGAGGAGGAGGAGGAGCCCAGCGAGCAGGAUGCUGAGAGUUCUGAGGAGGAGGCGGAGAGCAGGCAGGACCCUGCGGCUCCUGCUGGGUGUCAGGGCAGCCAGGUGGACCCUCCACUGCACAGCCGCAUGUCCACGCGGUCCCGGGGACAGAACACCAGGCGCCGAGCCACCCCAGAGCCAGAAGAGGCCGGCCGUAGAGGUGGGAAGAGACCCAAGGCCUCUGGGGCUGUUCCGGCAGCCCAGGCAGCUGAUGGGCUGGGGGCCAAGGUGAAACUGGAGGAAAAACAGCAGCAUCCAUGCCAGAAAUGCCCCCGGGUCUUCAACAACCGCUGGUACCUGGAGAAGCACAUGAACGUGACCCACAGCCGCAUGCAGAUCUGUGGACAGUGUGGGAAGCGCUUCCUGCUGGAGAGCGAGCUGCAGCUGCACAGACAGACCGACUGCGAGCGCAACAUCCAGUGCAUGACGUGUGGCAAAGCCUUCAAGAAGCUCUGGUCCCUGCACGAGCAUAACAAGAUCGUGCACGGCUAUGCGGAGAAGAAGUUCUCCUGUGAGAUCUGUGAGAAGAAGUUUUACACCAUGGCACACGUGCGCAAGCACAUGGUUGCCCACACCAAGGACAUGCCCUUCACCUGUGAGACCUGUGGGAAGUCCUUCAAGCGCAGCAUGUCGCUCAAGGUGCACUCGCUGCAGCACUCGGGAGAGAAGCCUUUCCGCUGUGAGAAUUGCAACGAACGCUUUCAGUACAAGUACCAGCUGAGGUCGCACAUGAGCAUCCACAUUGGCCACAAGCAGUUCAUGUGCCAGUGGUGCGGCAAGGACUUCAACAUGAAGCAAUACUUUGAUGAACACAUGAAGACGCACACAGGGGAGAAGCCGUAUAUCUGUGAGAUCUGUGGCAAGAGCUUCACCAGCCGCCCCAACAUGAAGAGGCAUCGGCGCACACACACGGGAGAGAAGCCCUACCCGUGUGACGUGUGUGGCCAGCGUUUCCGUUUCUCCAACAUGCUGAAGGCGCACAAAGAAAAGUGCUUCCGCGUCAGCCACCCGCUGCCCAGCGACCCUGCUGCCCUGCCCGCCGCGCACCUGCAGCCCACAGCCCCGCUGUUCCCCACGGCAGCCCCCAGGCUGGACACUAACUGA